UGAAGUCAGCGUUACGGAACCGUUUGGUAUAUCACGCCACUCGGGUCCGCCAACCUACGGUCGACAACGUGGAGCGUGCAGCGUCAGCAGUAUGCAGUCAUAAGAGGGCCGCGAGCGCAUGGCUCGCCCUCUUUUUCGCUGUGCAGUUCUUGUGGAGCACCGGUGGUGCCGUGUGAUUAGUGAUAAGUGAAUAAAUUGUUGAAAGUAGUUAGUUUUUAAAAGUGUUUGCAUAUCACGAUUCCCAUAAGUGGUGUCAGAAGUGGGAUCGUGAGGUGUUAAAAUAGUGGAAGAUCCCGCCGCACGAGUAACCAGCCGUCGAAGGAUCACCCGGAUGCUGCAAACACAACCAAUACUGUGGCUCCUUACGCUGGUAGGGAUGGCCACUUCAGACUUGAGAAUUCAUACCCUGGAUCAGAGUCCGAUCAUUAUAGUUCCGUUAGGACCCGCUAAAAUAAGCACUAGUUCUCUGCGAAUUGUGCACCCCAUAAACUUGACCUCAAUUGGAACAAUUGUAGAAAGCUUUAACGCCGUUUCUAUGGAGAGAUUGUCGAAUCAAACGCCUUUUAAGUCAAUAGUUAAAGCAAAAUUAGACAAAAUAAACUUGAGUUACAACCGAAUAAAACCACUACGUAGGAGAAAACGAUGGGAAUCUCUCGGAAAGGCCUGGAAAUACGUAUCGGGAAGCCCUGAUGCAGACGACCUUAAGAUUAUAAAUUCGUCAUUAAAUUCAUUAAUUAGCGAGAAUAACAAGCAAAUAAGAAUCAAUAGUGCUUUCGAUUCACGAAUGAGCAACAUUACAAAAGCAAUUAACGUCAUACUGGAAAAUGAGGAAAAUGUAAUACAUUCCUUAGAGGGCUUUGAUGUAUUAGAAUUAAUAUUCAAAAUUGAUGAGCUAUUAUACUACUUAGACAUAAUCGAAGAGGCGAUCACACUAGCGAGACGGAGUAUCCCAAGCAGCCGCAUCAUUCACCUCGACGAAUUGGAAACCAUUCAUCAUUCCCUCAUUAAUGACGGUUUCGGGCUUAACUCGGUCGAUAGCAUACUUAGUACUGCCAAUGCCUACGCAGUAUUAAACAACGAAAUUUUCAUGUACAUACUGAAGAUACCCAGGAUCAAAAAUGUACAGUACACCCUCAACUUCAUUGAACCAGUCAUUGUAGAUCACCACAGAGUCCACCUACAAACACAGUUUUAUUUGAAAGGACAGAAAUCAUUCAUGUUAAAAAGCGCUUGUUCCAAAGCCAACGCCAUGUUUAUAUGUUCCUCAACGGAUCUAGAACCUUUGACGGGUUGUAUGCAACAAUUGGUCUCCGGAAAUACAGCAGAGUGUCCCAUAGAACGCACCUACGGAAACAAAACUAUUCGGAAAAUCAAUGAUGGCAAUAUAGUCGUCAAUGCAAUCAAUGUAACACUUUCGUCAAACUGUUCAGUCACCCAACGCACUCUACAGGGGUCGUUCCUAAUCCAAUACUCAAACUGUACACUGAAAUUGGAUGACGAGGAAUAUGUCAACACAAACAUGGAGAUACAGCCGUUCAUACCUACCACGGGAUUGAAGGUAAAUCCAACCAAACUGUUUAACCACAUUCCGUUGGAACAUUUACAGGAGUUACAUAUGGAACAGCGUAACCAUAUCACACACCUUAACCUGACAGCCGAAAACCUCCAUUGGAAACUUCAUUUCCUGGGAUGGAUAGCAUCCGUAAUCUCAUCAACUUUACUAAUCUGCAUACUGGGUUCAUCCAUAAUCAUCGUUUUGAAAUUCGCCGCCUGGAAGACACUCCUUAUCAACAGCAAACCAGAAGUCAUCGAACAGGAUACCAUCGCAUCAACCGAGGCUCAUCCCGAGUCCAGAGAGGUACCGCUGAUACUUCAGCAGUAGACGAAAGCCGAGGACGUCUUUCAGCUAAGGGGGAAGCCGUUACGGAACCGUUUGGUACAUCACGCCACUCGGGUCCGCCAACCUACGGUCGACAACGUGGAGCGUGCAGCGUCAGCAGUAUGCAGUCAUAAGAGGGCCGCGAGCGCAUGGCUCGCCCUCUUUUUCGCUGUGCAGUUCUUGUGGAGCACCGGUGGUGCCGUGUGAUUAGUGAUAAGUGAAUAAAUUGUUGAAAGUAGUUAGUUUUUAAAAGUGUUUGCAUAUCACGAUUCCCAUAAGUCAGAAAACAUCUUUCUCCCAUGAAAAAAAAAAUAUUCAGAAUAUCUCAGAAAUUUAUAGACGAUCACAUUUGAUUAAAAAAAACCUUCCAAUUUUGUUCGAAUUUCAACAAUGACAGAGUUAUAGAACUUUUUUUUCCAACUCUGUUGCCUCAUACUGUCUCCAC